AUGAACACGCAGUCGAAUGGCGUGGUCGUCCAGCGAGGGCGGCGGCGAAGAGGUCGCCGCGGCAGCAGAACCUACUCAGGAUGGGUGAUCGAUAAGGCUCUGAAGCUGUUUGUCUGGUACUCCCUGGUUACGGUCUUCUUUAGAUGUCCGGCUCCCGAGAACCUCACCGACGACUCACCGCGGAUAUGCAAACCCUACCUGCAGGCAAAAGACUAUGUCACGCCAUACGCCCAACCAUACUACGAUCAAUACCUAUCGCCAUACGUUCAGAAAGCCCAGCCUUACUACGAGAGCUUCAAUACCCACCUAUACCAACCUGCUCAAACCGCCUACACCAAACAUGCCGCGCCGAGAGUCGCUGAUGCGCAAAAGAUCAGCCAGCAACAAUGGGAAAAGACAGUCAAGCCGCAGUUGGACGUGCUGCAGCAACAGGCGGGCAAGCAAUAUCAAGCUGUUCUGGGACCUCACGUCAAGAAGGCGACCGAUGUCAUUCAGCCAUACUACAACUCGGUGAUGAACUCCGCCAGCGACAUAUGGGAGCUUGAACUUGCGCCGGUAUACCGCAAGACUUCUCCGUACGCUCAGAAGCUGUACGUUCAGGGUCAACACUUCGCCGUGAAUACCGCCCUUCCACAGGCUCAGUAUGCUGGAAACGUUCUUUGGUCGUUCUGGUCACGUUAUAUCUGGCCAAAGGUCCGAAUCCUUUACGGGGAGAACGUUGAGCCGCAACUCAUGCGCAUCACUGAGCGCCUUGGUCGUUACAAGGAUGGCAAGAAGCUGGAAGCCGGGAUCUCGAGCAUGGAGGCUUCUUCCAAACUGGCCGAAGCGUCCUCGAUGGCAGAAUCCAUUGCCUCUUCGCUUUCAUCCACCGCCAGCGUCGUGACUGCGAGUCCAUCGUCCGUUGCAAGCAGUGCCAUCUCUGCCUCCUCCGCUCCGACUCCAGACCCCGAUGUCGACCCAACGAAGCAUUUUCAUGAUGACUUGAAGAACUGGGAGCAGAUCACCGCAAAAGCUGUCGAGGAAGGUGCUGAGGAUUUGAAGGAGCGCAUCAAGGACAUUACAGCACACCAGGUCACCAGCGGUGGGAAGGUUGGCGAAGCUCUCGUGACACAGCUCGAGCGUACUUCCGAGACUGCUCUCAACACCGUCAAGGCUCGCAUUCAAGGUAUUGUCGAAGAUAUCCCCGAAGACGCCGAUGAUGAUCGCCUUGAACGUGCCAACGAGGACCUCGUCAAGGCCAUCCGCGCUGUGGGACAGACCGUCAAGUCCCGUGCUCAAGCUGUCCGUGAAUGGCGUCAAACCUCCCAGUCCGAGACCGAGAACCUCAUCGAAAAGGCCGUGCAGUCCACGCUCGAGGUUAUCGACAACAUCCGAGAACUUCGACUCACCGAGAUUGGUCGCAAAUACUCCUCUACCUCGCUUCCGCAUAAGGAGUGGAGCAAGUACAACGACUUGAAGAAAGCGACACAGACAUGGAGAGGACAGAUCGAGAAAGCUGCACAGUCGCAUCCGGGACUCAAGACUGCUAAGGCCGCGAGCGAGGACAUCGAGCAGACUGGCAUGGCGAUCGCGGAGGACACCGCGAAGGAGUUGGGCAGGCUGAAGGCUGUCGGCAAGUGGAAGAUUGCUGCAGCAGAUGCAUCGGACGACUUCGAGACGAAGACGAUUCCCGCUCCAAUGAGGAGAAUCAAGGAUCAGAUCGUUGAGAAGGUGGCCGAGGCGUCGGAAGCUUCUGCCCCAAGUGCUGCAAGCAAGGCUUCCAGUUCCGUCAAGAGCGCAUCAUCCCAGGCGUCCAAAUCGGCUCAAGAUGCGGCCUCCCAGGUGUCCAAGUCUGCCCAGAGUGCUCCGUCUCGAGCUUCUGACUCCGCCCAAGGUGCCGCAAGCAAAGUCUCCGGCUCCGCCGAAACUUCAUCGUCUGCAGCAUCUGUAGCAAGCCAAGUAUCGUCAGCACUACCGGAUGCGGAGGAGAUCGCUGCCUCGGCGGAGAGCAUCGCAAGCAAGGCUUCGGAGGCACCCAAGAAGGUUUGGGGAGGAGCAAUGGCACAGGUCAUCGUCGAGGCCCGGGAGCCAAUACUGGACGACGAUAUCGUCGACGGUGACGGCAGCUAUUCGGCGAGUAUCUUGUCGAUGGUGGACGUGGCGCAGGACUACGCCAGUGAGCUCACCAAGGCCGUUGAGGACGCACUGAAGGGUGCAGCUCCCACGCAAGGCACUGUUGAGAGUGUCACCAGUCUGGCAUCCGAGCAGUAUGAAAGCGCUCUUGCUGCUGCGAGCAGUGCAUUAUUCGGCACCACUCAAAAUGCUGCCGAGAGAGGAACCAGCAUCGCCCACGAGCAGUAUCUAUCUGCCGUGACUGCGGCUUCAUACGCGAUCUACGGCACUCCUGUGACUGCUGCACCAUUCGCUCAUGCCACUAGCGCGUACAGCAACGCGAUGAGUGAGGCCGGCCAGCACUACGAGAACGCCAUGUCUCGCAUCUCAGCAAAGGUUUCCGGCACUCCAGCACCAGUGCAUGAGCAAAUGUACGCGUCUGUCGAGUCAGCGUACUUUGCUGCCGUUCAAGCCGCGAAUGGACGUUUCUCCAACGCCUUCGUCCCGAAGACUCAAGGCACAUACGAGAGCAUCUCUUCCAUCGCCGCGUCCAGGCUGUCGGACAGUCUCAGCGCUGCGUCUGCACAGUAUCAGAGUGCCAAGGUCGCUGUCGGCGCGAAGCCAACUCCUGUUCAUCAGCAGUACCUCGCAUCUGCGCAGGCUGCAUACUACCAAGCGCUUGGUGUUGCUCACGGCCGAUACUCCGAGUUCAUAGACGCUGCUUCCAGCGCAAUCGCAGGAAGCAAGCUAUCAGCAGCUAGUGCUUCUGCCAGUUCCGCCUUUGCGGCCCAAACGACAGAACAAGCCGUCCUUGAGAGCGUCACGUCUCGUGCAUCGGAGAACUGGGAAGCGCUGGUCUCGAAGGCCAGUGAGAAUAUCUAUGGUGCUCCACCGCCGUUCACCGAUGCUGCGUACUCGCAGAUUACUUCCUAUGGCGCUCAAGCGACUGACGCUGCCGUAGCACAAUGGGACCAGGUUUCCGCCUUGUUCUCAGAGCUCAUCGUUGGCAAGGAGCCAGAUUUCACCGACUCAGUCUAUUCACGUCUGCAGUCAGCUUACGCGACGGGCGCACCGGCUGCUUUGUCUUCUGCUUCGAGUCUGCUGGACGAAGGAGCUUCUUCUGCUUCUACUUUCGUCAACGAUGGCGCAUCUUCCGCUUCCAGCAUCGUCUACGAUGUCGCUUCUUCUGCUUCCAGCUAUGCGAGCGAAGCCUACGAGUCUGCGGCGAGCGCUGUGUCGGCUGUGUUUGUCCCACCCACGGAGGUCCCUUCAAUCCUGGACCAAGUCACCGAGCAGCUGAAUGCCGCUGUCGAGGCCGCCAGCCAGCAAGUCUACGGAACAAGUGCUGGUUAUGUUGAGCAAGCAUCCUCCGCCGCAUUCUCAGCCUACGACGCCGCCUCAUCAGCCGCCUCCUCCGUCGUCUACGGCUCUCCAGCCGGGUACGCCGACGCAGCACAAUCCAGCUUCUCCGACAUUGGCGCCUCCGCCUCAUCCGCUAUCUCAGCCGCGAUGUACGGCGGACCCACACCCUCCCUGACAGCCGCCUCCAACGCCGCCGCCAGCGUCUACAGCGAAGUCCUCGACCAAGCCCAGAAGCACGCUAGCGUGGCGAGCGCGGCGGUCAGCAGUAGAGUAUAUGGCGAGGAGAAGACGUAUUUGGAGGAAGUACAGGCUCGUGUCGCGGAGGCUGUUGCGAGCGCGAAUAGCAAGUUGAGCGAGUUGGGGGUGCAGGCUACGCAGGCGGCGAGUGGAGCUGCGAGUAGAGUUGAGGAGGUGGUUGAGCAGGUUACGGAGAGGAUUAGAGACGAGCUUUGAGGUCUUGAUGAGUAAUUUCGAUCGUGGAGAAGAGAGAGAGAGAGAGAGAGAGAUGAGGAAAGGCGGGAGGCAGGAGGAGAGGAUGAUGAACAAGCGAACGAGGAAGACAGGACAUGCAUGACACGAAUAUCUCCCAGCUGGGGAUGGGUUUCGGCUCCUUUGCGGCCGGGAAGUGUUUACUUGUUACGAAGAAUCAUGUUGCGUUUUUGCGUGCUUUUCGGGUUCGUGGAGGGAUGGGAGCAUCAUGUAUGUAAAGAAUUCUGAUAUACUGUUUCGCGUGUAUCACCAGAUAUGAUACUCUGCUGGCG